AUGGAGAGGAAAAUGAUGGAUGCGGCUAGUGGAGGUGCUAUAGUGAAUAGAACCCCUAGUGCAGCUAGAGAUUUGAUUUCCAUCAUGGUUGUUAGCUCACAACAGUUUGGAUUCAGACAAGACACCCCUUUGAGAAUAGUGAAUGAGCUUGUGGUAUUUGUGCUGCUACUGGUCAUCCAAUGGACGUGUCCUACACUUCAAGAAGAUUGCUUAGAGCAUGCCAAUGUAGUUGGAGGAUUCCUAAGCCCACUAAAAAAGAAGUACGAUCCAUAUUCAAAUACCUACAAUCCAAGGUGGAGGGAUCAUCCCAACUUUAGUUAUGGAGCAAGACCACAAUUCCAACAUUACCAGCCUACACCACAUAUUCCACCACAACAACCUUCUUCAAGUUCAGUUGUAAAUCCUCGAGAAAAUGUAAGUGCCAUUACGCUGCAAAGUGGAAAAGAAUUUGACAUCUCUGUUCAAAAUCCUACAAAUUUGGCCAAGAAAAGUCAAAAAGAGAAAGCAGAAAAUGAGGUGACAAUCUCUUCUAAGGUAGAAGUGAACAUUCCUUUAUUAGAUGCCAUUAAGCAAGUCCCAAGGUACGCAAAAUUUCUUAAGGAACUGUGUACUACGAAGAGAAGGUUGAGAGGUGAUGAAAAGAUAAGUGUGGGAGAGAAUGUGUCAGCAGUAAUUCAACAUUUAGGAGCAUCCAUAAAUGUCAUGCCAUAUUCAAUUUAUGAAUCUUUGAAAUUGGAUCCUUUAAAACAAACGGGUGUAAUAAUUCAAUUGGCUGGUCGUUCUAAUGCAUACCAUGAAGGGGUAGUUGAGGAUGUUUUGGGGCAAGUUAAUGAGCUGGUUUUUCCUGUUGAUUUUUAUAUUCUAAACAUGGAGGAUGAUGCUUCUCCAAAUCCAACUCCAAUUUUGCUAGGAAGACCCUUUCUAAAAACAGCAAGGACAAAUAUUGAUGUUCAUGAUAGUACCCUUACCAUGGAGUUUGAUGGGGAGAUUGUAAAAUUUAAUAUAUUUGAUGACACGAGGUACCCUAAUGAUAUUCAAUCUGCAUUUUCUAUUAAUAUGGUUAAUGUUUUUGCACAUGAGACUUUUGAGUUUAGACAUGAGGGAAAGAUAAAGGUAAAGACAAAGGCAUUUCAAGACAGAAUGAUUGAUAGAAAGCAAUUUGUGUUAGGACAAAAAGUUUUACUUUACAAUUCGAGACUUAAAUUAAUGCCAAGUAAGUUGCGUUCUCAUUGGAUUGGCCCUUUUGAAGUUACUAAUGUAUUUUCUUAUGGUGUAGUUGAGGUACGAAGCCUAGGAACUAAUAAGGUGUUCAAGGUCAAUGGGUAUAGGUUUAAGCGAUUUCAUGAAGGUUUUCAAGAGCAAACUGCAGAUGAAGUGCAAUUGAGAGAUCCAACUUACACUGAUUGA